AUAUAAAAGAAGAAUUGAAAUUGAAGAAAUAGAGAUAAAAGAAGAAAAAAAUUGUUUAUUUUCUAAUUUAGAGGAAACAUGUACUUGGAAUGUACAAGAAGAAGACUUUAAGAUGGAAAAUAAAGGGAGAAUGGCAGAGAAUAUGAAAGAAGAAAAAGUAUCCAUCAAGGAAGAAUUGUCUACUGUAGAAAAAACAUGUAUUAUAUAUGUACAAGAGGAUGAUGUUAAAAUCGAAAUUACAGAAACACAAGGUGAAAUUGUCAAAACUGCAGAAGAUCCUCUUCACUCUGAACCAAAGAGAUGCAAAAAGAGUAAACUGGGAAAACAAACAUAUGUUAAGAAACAUAUUAAAUAUAAACAUGAAGGAGUAAGAUAUCCAUGUGAUCAGUGUGAGUUCGCUGCCACCACAGUAGGUAAUCUUAAGAAACAUAUCAGAAAUAAACAUGAAGGAGUAAGAUAUCCAUGUGACCAGUGUGAGUUCGCUGCCACCACAGUAGGUAAUCUUAAGAAACAUAUCAGAAAUAAACAUGAAGAAGUAAGAUAUCCAUGCGACCAGUGUGAAUACUCUUCCACUUCGCCAGGUUAUCUCAGGAAUCAUAUUGAAAAUAAACAUGAAGGAGUAAAAUAUUCGUGUAGCAAGUGUGUCUUUGCUGCAAAUACAACAGGAGAUCUAAAGAAACAUAUUCUAAAUAAACAUGAAGGAGUUAGAUAUCCAUGUGACCAGUGUGAAUAUGCUGCCACUACAACAGGAGAUCUAAAGAAACAUAUUGAAUAUAAACAUGAGGGGCUGAGACACCCUUGUGAUCAGUGUGUAUACGCUGCUACUACAGCAAGUAAUCUGAAAAAACAUAUUAAAAUUAAACAUGAUGGAGUGAGAUAUCCCUGUGAUCAUUGUGAAUUCGCUGCUGUUACAGCAGGUCAUCUAAAGACACAUAUUGAAAGUAAACAUAAAGGAGUGAGAUGUCCUUGUGACCAAUGUAUGUAUGCUGCCACUAUAACAAGUGAUCUGAAACGGCAUAAAAAGAGGAAACAUAAUAAAAUAUCUAUGUGAUCAGUGUGAUUUCGCUCCCUCCUGCACAAUUAAUCUUAGGAAACUAUACUUUGAAAAUAUACAUAAAAGGGUGAGA